AACUCGGCAUAUAUAUAAAAAUACAUCGCGCAUGAUUGCAGUAUUCUUUAGCACGCGAACACGGCUGAUUAGCAAAAUGAAGUUAUUUUUGUGUGCAUUUUUAGUGCUCGUCGCAAAAACAAGAUUCCUUAAUGCUGACUGCAACGUGGUCAGUAAAGAUGACUGGGACGGUAUCACUUCCGUCCACAUUGAGUACCUUACCCGUCCAAUCAAACUGGUCAUCAUUCAACACACUGACACACCUGGCUGCGAUACCGACGACGCAUGCGCAGCGAGGGUUCGCAGCAUUCAGGACUAUCACUUGGACACUUUAAAUUACUGGGACAUCGGAUCUUCGUUCCUGAUUGGCGGUAAUGGUAAAGUUUACGAAGGCUCCGGGUGGCUUCACGUGGGCGUGCCCAACUAUGCUUACAACCGAAAAGCUAUCAAAAUCACGUUCAUCGGAAGCUAUAAUAGUAAAGAGCCAAACUCCCAACAACUAAAUGCUAUCAAAGCCCUGCUGAAGUGUGGCGUUGACAAUGGACAUCUAUCUUCGGAUUACAAAGUCGUGGGCCAUCGCCAGCUCUUGGACACCGACAGCCCUGGACGGAAAUUAUACAACAUCAUCAGGAGAUGGCCAGAAUGGACUAACGAUGUGUCCGAAUAUAAAGACUAUUGUAACGUAAUCGAGAGGAAGCAAUGGAGCGAAGUGACUCAGCACGUUGCAGAAGCGCCUCGACCGGUAAACCUGGUCAUCAUCAUACACACCGAUACGCCUUCGUGCCGCACCACGGAUCACUGCAAGAACAUCAUGAAAAGCAUCCAAACUAACACAAUUAACUCAAAAAACUUUGACGACAUUGGAUAUACAUUUAUGAUUGGUGGCGACGGCACGGUAUACGAAGGUGUGGGAUGGAAUCGUGUGGGUUACCACACUAUCGGCUAUGACCGCUCAGCCAUCGGCAUCGCAUUCAUUGGAAAUUAUAACAGAGAUACGGCGACAGGGCAACAAUUAGAAGCUCUAAACGAGCUGCUAGCGUGUGGAGUCAAACUCGGUCACUUGACGCCUGAUUAUCGUAUCGUCGCCCACAGGCAAUUGAUUCUCUCUGAGAGUCCGGGAAAAUCGCUCUAUAAUGAGAUCAGAAAAUGGCCUGAAUGGCUAGACAAUAUUGACAAGAUUUCCGGAUCUAGCUCACUAUCCAUCACUAAAUACGCUUCGGAAUUAGGUAUAUAUGAUUCCAGAACUGGUCAAUUAAAUAUUUCUGGGAUAGGCAACCAAAUCUAUGAAGCCGUGAGCAACCGAGAGUACAAUGAUGCUGUUGACUUCAGUUUGAUCCUGGAUAAAUUUGGCACAGGCAAAGAACUGAUGAACGUUAUUAACAAACUUCUUCUUAAUCGUGUUUCAACAACUAUGUUUAUAGACUUUGGGAUAAUGGGCGACAAAAGAUAGUCCUAAAGUAUUUCCCUAUUGAAUUUCAAAUGAUAUUUAAUGGAGAGUCGUACCAUAUAGAAAAUAAAAUGGACACACAGGCACUUAAAACAGACGCCAACCAAGAUAACGAUGGCGAUAGAAAUAUCUGGGGCGACAGCAGAGAGAGAUCUACUGGUAGAAUGAAAUGGCAAAUGUUUCCCAUAUGGGAAGAAAAUAAACUUUAUUUCAAAAUCUUUAACACUGGCCACCAAAUGUAUAUGAAAAUGGGAGUAAAGGAGGACGACAUAGGAGAUCGUAAUGUUUAUGCUUCCUCAUCCUCCGACACAUAUAGGCACCAGUGGUAUUUACAUCCAGUUAAGCACGAGCACGAAGUUUUGUUUUUAAUACACAACAGGCAAUAUGGACAUGUUCUAAAACUUGCAAGGGCGGUAGAUGAUUUAGGUGAUAGAUUAUUGUGGGGUCAGAAAACAUCUUCAGGUGAUCCUAAUGUUUUUGGAUGGCGCAUUUUCCAUUAAAAUGCCCGAACAAAGUACA